UCUACCAAUUUCUUGUCCAUAAUGAAGUUUUGCAAUUAUUCUUUCAUUCUUUACUUGUUCAUUUUCCUUCUACCUAUCCUUCUUCUUAGAACAAGUGCUACAUUAUCGACUGAUCAAGCUGCCCUUGUAUCGUUCAUGUCGAGUAUCUUCUUAGACCCACAAGGAGCUCUAGGCACUUGGAAUAGCACCAUUCAUGUAUGUAAUUGGAUUGGUGUAGGUUGUAACAUCGAAAAACUCGAUGUUACAAAGCUCGAUCUUAGAGGAAGACUCUUAAUAGGAAAAAUUUCACCUUCUUUAGGAAAUCUUAAGUCUUUACUUGUUCUAGAUUUAUCCCAAAAUUACUUCCAAGGCCAAAUUCCACCUGAACUAGGCUUCAUUUCCGAACUUGCACAAAUUAGCCUUGCAUCAAAUUUUCUAACAGGGGAAAUCCCAUAUGAAUUAGGGAGACUUAAUAAGUUAAAUUACCUUAAUUUAGGGGGUAAUAAUUUGGUGGGUAAUAUUCCCAAGUCAAUUUUUUGUAAUGGGUUAUCAUCUUUAGAGUAUUUAGACCUUUCUAAUAACUCUUUAAGUGGGGACAUACCCAUGAAACAAGGGUGUGAGCUUAAGAAUUUGACCUAUCUUUUGCUUUGGUCUAAUUUUCUUUCAGGGUAUGUUCCUUUAUCUCUUUCUAAAUCUAAAAAACUUAUGUGGGUUGAUUUGGAAUCAAAUAACUUAAGUGGGGAAUUACCCUCUAAAGUUAUGGAACAUAUGCCUAUGUUGCAAUAUGUUUACUUGUCUUAUAAUGAGUUUGUUGGGCAUGAUGAUAACACCAAUCUUGAACCUUUUUUUGCUUCUUUAGCUAACGCUUCGAACUUGCAAGAACUUGAGCUCGCAGGUAAUAAUUUAGGUGGGAAAUUACCUGCAAAUAUUGGAAGUCUUUCGAAUCUUAUAGAGCUUCAUCUUGAUGAUAAUCUUAUCUAUGGUCCGAUUCCUCCACAAAUUUCGAACCUUGUUAAUCUUACUCUACUUAACUUGUCAAGUAAUCUCUUAAACGGGUCAAUCCCACAUGAGUUGAGUAGGUUGAAGAAGUUAGAGAGGUUAUAUUUAGGUAAUAAUUCUCUUUCGGGUGAAAUUCCCUCGAGUUUUGGUGAUAUGCCUCAUCUCGGUCUACUUGACUUAUCUAGAAACAAGCUAACGGGCUCUAUACCUAAGGGUUUAGCUAAUCUAGCACAAUUAAGAUGGCUUUUACUCUACGAAAAUCACCUCUCAAGGCCUAUACCUCCAAGUCUCGGAGAAUGCAUCAAUUUGGAGAUUCUAGACCUUUCUCACAAUCAACUUUCGGGAAUUAUUCCUAGUGAGGUUGCGGGAUUGAGUAGCUUGACGUUGUACUUGAAUUUGUCUAGUAAUCUCUUAACCGGUCCUAUACCACUCGAGCUAAGCAAAAUGGACAUGGUUUUGGAAAUCGAUUUAUCCACAAACAAUCUCUCGGGUACGAUUCCAUCACAACUUGAGAGUUGCAUUGCUUUGGAAAGUCUCAAUUUAUCGAAUAACCACUUAGAAGGAAGUCUCCCCAAUACAAUCGCGCAGUUACCUUAUCUCCAAUCAUUCGAUGUGUCUACAAAUGAGUUAAUUGGUGAAAUUCCUGACUCAUUUCAAGCUUCUUCGACAUUGAUGAAUCUCAAUUUCUCGUACAACAAAUUCUAUGGCUAUGUUCCGAACAAGGGCAUGUUUUCUUUGCUAAAUGUUUCGUCUUUCCUAGGAAACUAUGGCCUAUGUGGUUCAAUCAAAGGAAUGCAAAGUUGUGAGCAUCGAAAGGCUCGACAUCACUUCAUGAUUUGGCCCUUACUAGUAUCAGCAUUCGGUAUGACACUAUCAUGCUUAUUGGUUCGUGCUUUGUUACUCGAAAGGAGAAUCACUGCACUAUCAUACAACAGGAGUGACUCUAACUCCUCGAAACAGAUCAUAUGUGAAGAGCCAAAGUACCCAAGAAUUUCCCACCAACAGCUAUUCGAGGCAACCAACGGUUUUAACUACUCGAACUUGAUUGGUUCAGGCCGGUUUGGGCGUGUUUAUAAAGGGACUCUUCAAGACAACACUAAAGUAGCUGUCAAAGUUUUAGGCUCGAGCUCGAUCUCACAGGCUGCGAGUGAAGUUUCCGGAAGCUUCAAGAGGGAAUGUCAAGUUCUCAAAACAAUUCGACAUAGAAAUCUGAUCAAGAUCAUAACAACAUGUAGUAAAUCGGAUUUUAAGGCCAUUGUAUUCCCUUUAAUGUCGAAUGGAAGCCUCGAGAAUCAUCUCUACCCGUGUCAUAAUGGAUUAAGGCACGGUUUAGACUUGGACUUGACUCGACUAGUAUGUAUAUGCACCAAUGUAGCCGAAGGAAUGGCCUAUCUUCACCAUUAUUCACCGGUUAAAGUCAUCCAUUGCGAUCUCAAACCGAGCAAUAUUCUUCUUAAUGAUGAUAUGAAUGCUUUGGUUACUGAUUUUGGCAUUGCAAAGCUUGUCAUAGGGGAUGAUAAUGACAGUUUCUCUGUUCAUGAUUCUGCUUCUUUUAGCUCAACUGAUGGUCUAUUAUGUGGAUCUGUUGGCUACAUUGCACCAGAGUAUGGACUAGGGAGAAGGGCAUCGACACAAGGCGAUGUGUACAGUUUCGGAGUUUUACUACUAGAAAUUGUGACAGGAAAACGGCCUACAGAUGUAUUAUUUGAUGAAAGUUCGAGCUUACAAGAAUGGGUUAAGAGUCAUUAUCCACAUAAUCUAGAACCAAUCGUUGAACUAGCCCAAUCAAGAUUCGUUUCUUUUGCUCCAUAUGGUGUUGGAUCGUGUAACAACAAGACUUUGUUACGCGAAAUUGUGUUGGAGCUAAUAGAACUCGGUUUAAUGUGCACGCAGUAUUGUGCAUCAACGCGACCAACUAUGCUAGACAUUGCCCAAGAGAUGGAAAGACUCAAGCAGUAUAUCUUGAGUCCUAUUAUGCUCAUGGAUGAGGUUCAUUUAGAUUCUUAGCACAUUGUA